AUGAGCGUAUCGAGUACGGAGCGAUUGAAAUUCUUAAGAGAAGCCGAAUCCCCGAAGCUACUGCAAAGUAUCUGGCCUCACCUACCACCUGCUUGGGCAUGGGGAUCCAGUAACUUGGAUGAGUCCGUCGAUGCAAAAUGGGGGUGGACAGACGCGCGGCUUGAGUUGAUGGAGAGUGGAUAUGCAAAGCCGAAUGUUAUCAAGAAAUCGAGAAAUUAUCCAAUAUCCGAGGACGCCGAAGCAGGAAUUUCGGUCGAUCUAAGUAGUGUUUCAAACGAGACCGAGCAAUUCAUGUUGAGCAUCAACAUGCCUAACUUUGUCGAGAUAAUAGUACUUCUACCGAACAUGACGGACACGUUCAUUCCUACGCCUAUACAGGCUCGGGAGACAAAAGUGAUGGCGUUUGGCGGCCCGCCGUCGGCAAAGCGCGGCAUGGACUUCUAUCGGGAAGUGGAGGAGUAG